AUGAUUUCAGUCAUUCCUCCGCUCCGAGCACCUGCCAUCGAUAUUCAUUCAAAUGCUCGAUGGCAGCAAAAUGGAAUUACAGUAGUUGGAGGAAAUGGAAAUGGCAAUGGAAUCAAUCAACUCUCAUACCCAUUGGGUUUGUUUGUUGAUGAUGAACAAACAAUAUAUGUUGCUGAUCAAGGCAAUCAUCGUAUUAUGGAAUGGAAAUGGGGUGCGACGAGUGGUCAAGUGGUUGCCGGUGGAAAUGGACAAGGAAGUGGGACUCAUCAAUUGUCUAACCCAUGGGAUGUGAUUGUCGACAAAGAGACAGAUAGUCUCAUCAUAUGCGAUGGUUCGAAUAGAAGAGUGGUUCGAUGGCCUCGUCGAAAUGGAACAAGUGGAGAAACAAUCAUAUCCAACAUAUUUUGUUGGGGUUUAACAAUGGGCGAGAAUGGAUCUCUUUAUGUCGUUGACAAUGGAAAUGCUGAAGUGAGACGAUAUCGAAGAGGAGAAUCGGAAGGAAUAGUGGUUGCAGGUGGCAAUGGAAGUGGAAAUCGUCUCGAUCAACUCAAUGGUCCACGAUACGUAUUCGUCGAUCGAGAUCAAUCAGUCUAUGUAUCUGAUUGGAGAAAUAAUCGUGUGAUGAAAUGGAUGAAAGAUGCAAAACAAGGCAUUGUCGUGGCUAGUGGUCAAAGACAAGGAAGUGGUCUUACACAAUUGUCAAGUCCUCGAGGAGUUGUUGUCGAUCAUUUGGGCACUGUCUAUGUGACUGAUACAUGGAAUGAUCGAAUCAUGCGUUGGCUCAAAGGAGGCACACAGGGAAGUGUCAUUGUUGGUGGAAACGGUGAAGGAGGACAAUCGAAUCAACUGAAUAGCCCCGAAGGUUUGUCAUUCGAUCGACACGGUAAUCUCUAUGUCGUCGAUUACGGAAAUCAUCGAGUACAAAAAUUCAAUAUCGGAAUCCAAUAAAUAAAUAAAUAAAGGACAAGUAACUUUUUUUUUUCGUUAAAAAAAAACAAUCUUUCUACACCGUGUUCUUUUUUGUUUUUUGUAAAAAAAUUCAAAAAAGAAAAAUAAACUUUUCAUUAAUCAAGAAGAAGAAGAAGAAGUAAAAGUAACUGAAACCCAGGAGCCCGAUCAAGGGGGAAACAGCUGAUUAGGAAGCUGAUCAUCACCCUAAUCAAGCCUAAUCACU